AUGCCGGCGCCGCGGCUGGCGGGCGCCGUCGCGGCGGUGUCGGUAGUCAAUGCAGCAGCGGGCCGCGCCCCGGCCGCCGCGCGCGGCCUUCGCGGCAGUACCACACUGGGCGCCGGUGCCGCGCCGCAGGAGAGGUGGGACGUGGACCUCACAACGCUGGCGCUCGUGAACUCCUCCGCAGGCGGCGCCCGCACGCGACGCGGCCUGAGCUACGUCAACGCGACGCUGCCCGGAGGCUCGGAGGUCGCCUGCCUGAACUGCGACUCGGCGGCGUUCAGCGAGUGGGUGGACGACCUGAUUGUCUCCGAGUCCCACGGCCGCUGCGCCAGAAGGAACGGCACCGCGCACGCGACGCACGGCAAGUGGCACGUGGGCAAGCACCCGAAUGCCCCUGGCUAUGACCAGUGGGAGGCCGGGGAGCCCGGCGUCAGCCUGGCCGGCGUGCGAGCUGGCUCGCCUGGCGGCGCGCCCGCGUGCAGCAGCGGCCCCGUCGGCACGCACUACCUGCAGGACUGGGACCUGGAGUCUCACAUGCCGCGCCUCCAGGAGCUCUGGUCCGAGCGCAGGCUCGUCGUCGGCCCUGGGAUGAACCCGCUCCACAAGAGGAUGGACUUCGCCGACGUGCUAGUGCGGCUGUCGCGGGACUCCCCUGCGUUGGUGCCGAAGGACUGCACCGCCGAGCUCUCCCGUCGCUCGCCCAAGUGCGGCGCGCUGCUGAACAACGGCAUGGUCAACGGCGCCUCCGCCGCGGAGCUGCGCCACGCGCUGGAGACGACCUUCGGUGCCCAGUUCCUCCGGGAGAACGAGUUCAACCCGAGCUGGAGCGAGGACGAGCAGCGCGCGCACAUGCAGGCGCUCCUGUCGGCCAUGAAGCACAGCUACCGCUUCUACCGACAGGCCUGCCUCGCCCACGAGCCCGGCGACGAGCACUGCGACACGAAGGCACCCUCUGCAGUGCUUGGCCAGAUUGCCUGCAAGCCCGAGGACGGACGGCCUCCCGGACGGCUGCGUCUACGCCGACCUGCGCAGCUGCGGCGCGUGCGGCGCCGGCGGCCCGCGCUUCUUCGAGUACGCCCGCCUGCACGGCCCGCUGGCGCUCUUCGGCACGCGCCACACGCGGGAGACUGGGUGAUGGGCCAGUGCGAGGAGUUCAGCAGGGCAGGCCACGCGCUGUUCGCGUCGCUGGGUUACGAGGCGCGCUAUGUGCUGGAUUUCACGGACCACGUCUGGAUCGAGGUCGGGCUGCGGCGGGGGGACGAGACGGUGUGGCUCCACGCGGACCCCUCGGAGGGCGUGCUGGACAGGCCCCUCAUGUACGAGAAGGGGUGGGGGAAGAAGCUCACCAUGAUCUUCGCCUUCACUCCCUGGGACAUCGAGCACGUCACUGCCAGGUACACGGAGGACUACGCGGCGACGGUGGCCAGGCGGAUGAUACCCGAGGGCACCCUCGACGGGCUACUCGAGGAGGCGCGCCGCCGGCUGACCUACGAGCUGCCGCGCCACACUUGGGGCCACGUCUCCAGCGGGCGCUCCCGCGACCGGGGCCUGGAGGAGAGAUCGCGCUCUGGUCCCACUGGGAGGGCGCCUCGAUCUGAGCAGGUGGCCAUGCGCGGAGUGAGCCGGGUCCAUGCGCAGAGGGAUUCUAUGCUGUGUGCGGGUCUACACAGAGAGGGGGGGGAG